CGAAAUCCUAUCGUAAUCUUGCAAGUGCAAUUUCGAAUAACUUUUCAGAUAUCUGCAUUUGCAAUAAUUCAUACGAGUGGUAAUAGAAAAAAAACUAACAAUUUAUGUUUCAUCGGUAUAUUUUACCAUCCGAUAGUUUCUGUACCAAGAAAUCGAUCGAAUGGUUCUGUUUCGUUUGAGGGAAUUAAAGGACGAAAGGUGAACGAUACGCGUUAAUUGAAAACGUAAUCUUUUUAUGGAAGCGCGGGAAAGUAUUCCUAAGGACCGUGUGGUAACAGUAGUGAGAAAACGUUUUGCAGCGGCCGGUCUCUUUGGGUGGGGAAAAUCAAUAGGAAAACCCGAGUUCAAUUCAGAGGUAUGGGUCAUUAACGUUUAGCGGAUGAUACGCGUGGUGUUAUUUUUGAAUGUUUUACCGUGGAUACGCGAUGCAUCCUCGCUCGUGGAACAUUCGCAAUGACACGUACGAAAAGCUGUGCAUCCUGACGCGCGUGAAAGUUCCACAGAACGCAUAGUGGUGAAUCGGUGAUGUUUAACAGCUGUGUUCGAUAAGAAGAAAAAUGUUAUGACAUUGUAUAAUCAUUGAUGCUUCUCGACGACCAGUUCGUAACACUGUACAUACAUCGGGGACUGCACACGUAACAACGAUGAUACUUGAAAAGAUUCUGUUCGUUUGUUUCGCGUCGUGUCUCUUGCCAUGGAUCGAACACGUUGAAACCACUCAUAUCUCCGGCACGUUCAAUACGAGAGAAUUUUUUCGCUUUCUCAUUAAAUUCGGUUUCCAAAAGACCGAUCGACAUCGGCAGAAGGACUCGUACGGUUAUAUUUUUGGCAACGUAACGUCGAAAAGCAAUUUCUCUGCGCCGAUUACCUUGGCAGUCCUGGACCGAGGUGAUUUCGUAGAAUACUAUGGUAAUCGUACCCUAAAGAACAAGAGUACCGCCUGUACUCUUAUGUUCAAUACCUUGAAUCAAAGCUCUUACGACGUACACUGUAACAAAGAAGGUCAGGACUUCUUGAGGAGAGUACCCUGUCCGAAAGGUAAACUAUGCCCAGACGAAGAUUCCAUAUGGAACAUCGUGAAGGGGCACCAAUUCACGUACGUCAUACAGGAUUUUUGGCAGCCACGUUUCUGGUACAUGAGUCUAGUGGCGUGUUAUAGAAACACAACUACGUGCCAGUGGGAAUACUACGAGAAACACGACGAAUUAGAGUACGAUAUUUGGCUGAUAAACGGUAACCCGAAUACCACAGGCCUAAGCAGUUUAACGUACCAGUUUUCGUACGAUAGACAAAACACCACUGGACUGUACCUGUUGGUUUUCAUAUGUUAUAUUAUACUGGUACCGCUGCAAUUGUACGCAGUGAGAUUGCAGAAACACCCUGUGACAAGAUUAUUCACUGCUAGUUUACUAUUAGAAUUUAUAGCAGUGUGUUUAAUUUUGAUACACGUGUUGAAAUUCGCUCUCGACGGAGUCGGCUACGAACAGUUGGAAGUUGCGGGUGAUAUUUUUGAUAUUCUAUCACGAACAUUAUUCAUGUUGUUGCUUCUCUUGCUUGCCAAAGGAUGGGCUGUAACAAGAAUGGAAUUAACGUGGAAGCCUUUAGUUUUUGCUAUAUGGCUUUGUUACGGAGUGGUCCAUAUUCUGCUAUACGUAUGGAACAUGACGGAAGUCGAUAUCAUCGAAGAUAUCGACGAGUACCAGACAUGGCCGGGCUGGUUCAUCCUUUUGUUUCGAAGUACAAUAAUGAUCUGGUUUUUAUGCGAGCUAAGAAAUACCAUGACGUACGAACACAACACUCAAAAGUUAAACUUUUUACUACACUUCGGUGCAUCCUCCUUAGUUUGGUUCAUUUAUCUACCAAUUAUAGCGCUCAUAGCACUUCAAGUAAGCGCAUUGUGGAGGUUUAAACUUCUGUUGGGUAUUACAUACUCGUUUGAUUGUUUUGCAUAUUACGUGAUGGCACAUUUACUGUGGCCGACACGGAGCGAACAAUACUUUUUACUCGCACAAGGAGCGGACAACGGCGACGAGCUGGAUGAAUUUAACGAAGCACCGCACGUACUAAAUAAUUACGUAGAACCGCCGGAACUUAGUAAAAUUAUUACUUAAUAUCAGAUCACAAACGGCAAAGGGCCACACGGAUGAGAAAUCAAACUUGCACCUCGGUUUGAUGCAUGCUACAGUUUGCCAAAUGGUAAAAUUCUAUAGAGUUGAUAAUACUCUGCUACAUGCUACUUGAGACUGAUAUAUUCUGCGCACUCUGUAAUUAGGGACACUAAUAAUCAAAUUCAUACAUGUGAUAGAAGGUCAAUAAUUGACUCGAGAAAAAUAAAAAAAAUUGGUGAGUAUGAUAUGAGUACUUUCGGAUAAUUGAUUUGUCAUUUAGCGUGGGAAGUAAAUACACGAAUUAAGUUGUAGAAAUUUGUAGAUAUAUAAUGUUAAUGUACGAUGUUUAUGUAACAUAAUGAUAAUGUAUAAUGAAUGUAUAUUUAUAACAUUUACGCCAAUGUACAUAACAGUAACAUUUAGAUGUCAAGUAUUCAAUGUUUAGAGGAAUCUAUUACGGCUAGCGAAUAUACAUAGUCUUACAUUACUCGUUUCUACUUGUUUAGUGUUAUUAAAAACGAACAUUUUAGUGGUACAAUCGACAUCGUUCAUUUACUCAUGUCAUACUCUUUAAUCAUGUCUGUUUAAUAUUAAUGAUACUGUUUUAACUGUUAACUUAUUUUCAGUGCUGUCUAACGAUUACGCUUAGGUAAUCUAUAGAGGUGCACGGGUAGCCUGAAAUUCGGGAUUAGAUAGUCAAGAAAGUGUGACGAAUUCGAGGACAACCCGGUACAUUUCGAUGUAUCGAGCUCUGCCUUCAAUUUGCCAAUUAUUCAGCGGCCCAAAUUCGAAUUUCGGGUUAUUCGCAUAUCCCUGAUAAUUUAAUAAGCUAAUUAUAAAAUAAUAUGUAAGGAAUUUUUUAAUCCUGUACUAUGGGUGCACAUUUUUCAUGAUAGUACCGAUAAUGCAUUUUAUAACUACAUAACGUUUGCUCUGUAUGGAAACUAUUACACUGCGCGCUUGAAGGAGUAUGAAAAUUGAAAUUAAAAUCGACGUGAUUUUUCUUCGUAUUUUUUCUAACGGAAUAUGUGUUUGCAUAAGAACAUGUACAACUAUAAUAUGUAUUAACGAAAUUGUGCAUUGAUACACUAUACACAAGGUUUUCAUAAAGAAAGGAUAUUCUUAAUGCAUCUAUAAUUUUUUCAAUAUUAGGAGCAUAACACUAUUGCGAUUCAAGUAAUUAAAAAUAUAACUUUUAUAUGCAUUUUAAUAACAGAAGCCAUUGUAUUUAUAUUUCGUUCAACAUUUUUUACCUUUUCUUUGUACAAAAAUACACAAACAUGAAAUGUUUAACCGUUCGAGCGCUACUCUUUUGUUCUGCAAAUUGUAUUCCGCACUUUGAACGUAUACAAGAAAAAUUCUUCAGCGCUCGAACGGUUAAAAUAUUAAAUUACGCGAAAUUUUUAUGGAAAUUUUUAAGCGUUAAUAACGAUUUAUGGGAGAAGAACAUGUAUCAGUACCUUUUUACAUAGUACAAUUUUAAACCCAUAGUGUAACGAAACCGAUUGAAAUUAUUAUUUUAUAUUUAUCAAUACUUCUGUACGCGAUUACGUAAGUUAGAAUAGUAAUAUAUGUUUCGUUUAUAAAGACAAGUAAAAGACAUGCAAAUUGUGCUGGCAUAAACAUUGCAUGAUCUAUAUUAUGUAUUAUUUUAAAAAACGAAAGUUCCAUGUUCCGAUCGAUCUACAAUA